AGCAUGCGCAGUGGGUCUCGGCGGGUAGAGGGGUUUCAGCGCUCUUUUGUUUGGCGGAGGCGGAUCGAACGCGGGAGGCCUUUUGCCCAGCCGUUGCUCUCUUGCUUCAAAACGAGAUCUGCUUUUCCCGACAGCAGCCGCGGCUCCUCUGCCUCUCCGUGCUUCUUUUUAUCUUUACAUUUCCACUCGUGGUUUCUUGGUGGGGCUGUGCAAGGUAUGCAGAUCCAAAGAGUUAAACAGACACUGUCAGAGAUGCUGAUAAGAGCAGUAUCUACAACCCUGCUAAGUUCUUUCAGGAGCCCUUCAGUGAACACUCAAUCAUUUUGCUGCUCCUGAUACCUCCUUUAAACUGCAAAACUGGCGAGCACAAUGGGAAAAAAGCAAAACAAGAAGAAAGUGGAGGAGGUCUUAGAAGAGGAAGAAGAGGAAUACGUGGUGGAGAAAGUUCUUGACAGGCGGGUAGUGAAAGGCAAAGUGGAGUACCUGCUCAAGUGGAAAGGCUUUUCAGAUGAAGAUAAUACAUGGGAGCCAGAGGAGAAUCUCGAUUGCCCUGACCUAAUUGCAGAGUUCCUGCAAUCCCAGAAAACAGCACAUGAAAGUGACAAGUCAGAGGGAAGCAAGCGCAAGGCUGAGUCAGACUCUGAGGAUAGGGGGGAAGAAAGCAGACCAAAGAAAAAAAGAGAAGAGGCUGAAAAGCCUCGAGGGUUUGCAAGAGGGUUUGAGCCAGAACGGAUUAUUGGUGCCACAGAUUCCAGUGGGGAGCUCAUGUUCCUAAUGAAAUGGAAAAACUCAGAUGAAGCUGAUCUGGUUCCUGCUAAGGAAGCUAACAUCAAGUGUCCACAGGUGGUCAUCUCGUUUUAUGAGGAAAGGCUCACAUGGCACUCCUAUCCCUCGGAGGACGAUGAUAAGAAGGAUGACAAGAAUUAAUCUGCUUGCCCUUCUGUCCCCAUCCCUCCUUUGGCUGACUUUUGUAUUAAAACAUCAGACUGUGGGUUUGAACAUGAGGGAGAAGUGAAGAGACUCUUGGCUGAGGAAGAUGCCCUCUGUAGAAACAGGACAAUAUCAAUACCUAUGACAGUGUGUUUAUUUUAUAUAUAUAUAUAUAUAUAUAUAUAUAUACACACACACACACACACACACAUAUAUAUAUAUAAUAUAUAUAUAUAUAUAUCAUUAUCUGUCAACUUUGAUUGGAGGAAUGAAGGUUCCUCCAGGUAGAACUAAGUACAUCUGGGUAUUUGUUGGACAGGCCACCAACAGAAACAGCAAGGGGAGGUGGCAUGUUCUGUAAAGAUUACCUGAAAUUUGCAGCCUUUCUCCCAAAUAGUGUUAACUGCAUUUUUACAGCUUAGCAUGUAUGUGUAGGUUUUAUUCCUUUUUUGCUAUUAUUCGUGUAUUGUUGGGGUGGGAAGGGAGGGUGCGUUCCAACUGAUUUGAGACAGAGUGGUUCACAGUAUUCUAUAGCAAGAAUCAUAAUUCUUAAAAAAACAAAAAACAAAAACCCUGCAUCUUACUGCAAGUAAAAUAGGUUACUCUUAAUUGAACGGCUGGAGCAAAUGUGUCUUGAGUGUCAGCAUUAACAAUUGAGACUGUAGUCAUGAAUGCAGCUAAUACAAGAAUAUUGGUCACACAUCUAAAAUUAGGGAAGAGAAAAAUUUAGACCCUGUAGUUGAACUGGGGAUGCCUUGUCCUAAAAUAAAUAACGUUCCUUUUCUUUGUCCUUUUAAUUUCCCCUUCCCAUAGAACUAGGAGUUUGUUUUUUUACUUUCCUGUAUGUGUGUGAACUUGAGAAUCAAAAUGAGGGGUGGGGGAAGGAAAGCAGGAGUUGAAUCUACUUUCCCACAGCACAAAUAAGUUGCAGAAUAUUCUGUAAACAAGUAACUUUUUGUCAGACCUGGGCAUUUGUGGUUACUUUCCUUGUCUUGGCCCUCUGCUGAUUUUAUUUUUAAUGUAAUAGACUUCUGUUUUUACAAAGGACAUAUUUUACCUCUGAAGUUGCUCAAAUCCUGGUAAGCCACCAACUCCCUCACAGGGCAGUAUGUACGUAGGACUGUAUUGUACAAAUCUUUUUUAAAAUAAAGCAUGUGUUAGGCUUCUGUGAAAAUGUUGUCUAAAAUUUAAGUGUUUGGAUUUUAACUUCAUACUGAACUGUCUUUUUGUCUUAAUAAAAUUUUAGAUUUAUAA